AUGAGGAUAGUGGUCAAGAACUUGCCUGCCUCCACAACCAAGGAGGAGAUUGAGAAGGAGUUCUCUAGACACGGGAAGAUAACGGAUGUGUUUAUGGCAAGAAACGAGCAAGGGAAGUUCCGAAGGAUAUGCUUUGUAGGAUACAUGGAGGAGAAGGACGGGGUGGAGGCCAUACGGUACCGGGACGGAUCUCUGUUCAAGAACCAGAGGAUAGCAUGCGAGGAGGUAAGAGAAGGCUCUCCCGAGAUAGGCGAGUCUGAGGAAAGAAUGAUCAAAUACUCAAGAAAGAUCUUUAUCAGGAAUGUUCCUGCAGAGGCCAACGAGCAGUUUGUUCGCGACGUAUUUAAGGAGUAUGGAGAAAUUGAGGAGGUCGGGCUGCUGGACCGUAGAGAAGGCAAAGGUGCAUAUGUUAAAUUCAGUAGGGGAGAAUGUGCAUUGGAGGCAUAUCGAAAGGUGCAGUUUAUUGGAGGGGUAAAGGCAAGGAUGUGCCCGUGGAAAGACAGGGCUGAAAAGCGCCAGUACGAGCACUACAAUACCCUAUUUUUUAGCUUUGAGUCGAUUGUGAAGAGAAUAUGCGAAAGCGAGAGGGUCAGUAUAAGAGAUGUCGUUGAUGUUAACGACAAGGAUUUAGGAGCCCGGAUGGCGCGUAUUGAGACACAUCUGGUCCAAGAAACAAAGAAGUUUCUUGAAAGCAACGGCAUUUAUCUAGACCAUCUUACUGGGUCGGUUGAUAGGAAUAUGCUGAUAGUCCGCAACAUGGAGCUUAUGAAAUGCCUGGACCUUGUGGAUGAUAGAUGCAAGAUCAGUGUUGCCCCCUCCAAAUGCCUUGCACUUCUGAAGUUUGACAAGGAGGAGGAUGCCAGGAGGUGCUACAGAAAGCUGAGUCUGAAGAGGGUGAAGGAGCAUGUUGUAUACUGCGAGUAUGCACCCAUAUGCAGUGUCCCGGAAAGCACCGGGGAGGAGCCAUCGAAGAGGCCCCCAGAAGAAGCAAGCGGGCAGCUGAUGAACAAGCUUCUUAUUAGAAAUGUUCCGUUCCAGGCCUCUAAGGAGGAGAUUAGGAAGAUUUUUGGUUCGUUCCAUGUGGUGGAUGUCAGAAUUCCUGUGAAGAGGGAGGGAAGUAGUAGGGGAUUCUGCUUUGUGACACUGAACUCUCCUGACGACGUCACGGCAGCCAUUGAGCACUUUGGAAGCAGCACCCAUCUCUAUGGAAGGCGCCUUGUUCUUGAAAGAGCCAAAUCCUGA